UUGCUUCAAUUACAUCUACAACAGAAAACUGUGAGCAGAGUGUUUGUUUCAUUAAAAUUGCGAUCAAAGUUCAUUGGAAUCUCCAUCAUCUCCGGCUUCUAUCUAUUUGAAGGGAUCCGAUGGCAAAUGUGGAUGUCGAGGUUGGAGGCAGAAGAGGACCGAGAAACAAAACGAAAUGGUGGCAUCGCAACACACCACUCCAAGAUCUUCUUGAUUGUAUAGAAAAGGGACAGAAUCUUUCCAUUCAACAGCCACCGUCGAUUUACAAGAUUCCUAGUAGUGCCCGAAAGAUAAGCCCAGAUUCUUUCAAACCUCAGGUGGUCUCCAUUGGACCUCUCCAUAGACAAGAUAAAGCAUUGCAAGAAUUUGAAGAGCAGAAAACGACUUAUCUGCAUCAUCUAUUACAACGUUUAAACAUCAAACCAGAAAUAAUAUUGGAUAAAUGUUUGCAGAAGGUGAAUGAUUCAAUACACAAAAUCAGGGAAUCUUAUGGUGGGAUGAUGACCUACACAGACGUUGAACUCGCACAGAUGAUGGUAAUCGAUGCUUGUUUCAUACUCGAUUUCCUUUUCUUGUUCGAAGAACAUCAGCCUUUAACUUCCACAAAUGCUAUCCUCACACGUUCUAUUUCCCGUGACCUGGUGUUGUUAGAAAAUCAAAUUCCUUUCUUUGUUCUUCAAGACAUCUUCAAGUGCACCAUUUCUAAAUUGCAAACAACCCGCUCUCUUACUUCUGGCAUCCUUCAACAUUUACAAAUUCUUAGCCCCUUCAAAGAAAUCAAACGUAAUGAUGUUAUCUGUACAACCCAGCCUCAUCAUAUUCUUGGGCUUCUGCAAAGAUCUUUCCAUCCAACAGAUAAUAUCCCAUUAAAUUGUCCACUAUUACGAUUUCCCAACCACUCUGCUCUAGAACUGGACAAGGCCGGGGUAAAAUUUGAGCCUAAAAAAGAUGAAAAUUGGACAUUGGCCAUAGAUUUCAGCUCAUCUUCGUGGAAAUUCUUUAGGUGGUGGUGGGGCAACCGUACUCUUAGAAUGCACAAACUGUGUAUUGAUGAUAGCACUGAACUAUUUUUGAGGAACUUAAUUGCAUAUGAGCAGUGCACUCCGGACGUUCCUGAUUUCGUUACAUCAUAUGUCUGUGCCAUAGAUAUGCUACUCGAUACUAAGGAGGAUCUUUCCAAGUUGGUAGAAUCAAAAGUCCUUACCAACAAUUUAGGUUCAAACGAAGAUUCUACCAAGAUGCUCAACAAACUAUCUGAACAAUUUGCGUUCAAGGAGUUCUAUUACAUGGAGCAGUGGAAGCAAUUAGAUGAUUAUUACAAUCGUUAUGUGCCCAAAAAUAUUGCAUUGUUGAGGCGUACAUAUUUCGAUAGUCCAUGGAAAAUCAUUGCUCUACUAGCUAGCUGCUAUCAUCCUAUUCGUUCUUGCCAUCGUUCAGGUCAUCUUAAGAAUAAUCAAGUAGAUUCUCAAUGUUUCUUUUGUCUUCCUUCUUUUUGGCAUUAUGUAUGGUAUCUUUUUCACUUCCUCUUAAAAAGUCAUUGAUGUCUUACAACUGUUGGUUUCAAUGUUAAGCUUGAUUUAUGUCACUAUAACUAAUAUGAAAGAGUGUUUUACCCC